AUGGCAAAAGACUUCAGACGCGGCCUGCGCGGCGAUGUAUGCAGUCUCGCGGAUGGGGAGCUGAUUGUGCAACUAUUCAUGGAGGAGAUUGAGGUGCCCCUUCAGCCGUUAGCAGUACGCGGGGACCAGGGUGUCUUGAUGUUCCCAAAUGAAGAUGACGUGCGCCUGGACUUGGCACGGCUCUCACGUGAGCGGACAAACAUGGAGCUGGACGGGUUCGUGUUGGCCUCUGCGGUCAUGAGCAUCGCAAAGGCACUGGGGUACAACAUAAAUGAGCUCCGGGCAGCAUGCGCUCAUGAGCUGAGCACAUGUGGGACGCCUCUACUCAGACGGUCACCAACGGCGGAGAACCAUGCGGAGCGACAGGCAGCAGAGGAGACUCUGGCAUACAUGCUGCACGAGUCGCCAGAGCCGCUGCCUCCUGCACCUGCGAUAUGGGCCCGCCAACACCAGGAGGAGACUGGAGCACACCUCAAGGCACGCAAAGACAGCACGGAGACUCACAGUCCGAAGACACCUGAAGCCACACCAGCGAAGGGUCGAAGGCCACGAUCGGCAGGGGCGAUGGCAAAGGCAUGUGCUGGCACAGCGUCUUCCCCGGCGCCCAAUCCUCCUGACGCACGGGAGGGAGAGAGCUCCUCGUCGCGUGGCACCGCGUCCACUAGGCGGAAGGCAGGCCCUUCGGCAUCCGUAGGGGACGGGCGUUCGGCGAGACCCGAUAAGCGUCGCAAAGUCACAAACCUGCCUGUCCAGGAGGAACAGGCUGACGCGCCGCCGCCGGAAACCGAGCCCGAGUCGUCGGAUGACAACCCGAACGAAGCUCUUCCUCGUGUCAAUGCUGCUGCCGACGAUGACGCGGAGGAGACGAAUGAAGCACGCUCCGACUCGGCUCCUAUUACCAGGGAGGAGAUCGAUGCUAUGCGCAAAACCCAGAAGGACACGGCUGCGAUGCUUGCGAGGCUCGAGACGGUGCUGCUGGCGUCUCUUGCCAACCACGACGCAAAGAAACGCAAGAGGGACAUGCGCGAGGAGGGGGCGAGAGGGCAACGAAUGCAAAGAAGGGCCAUCGCGUUUCAACGCCCGAAGAAUGCCAUCCGCUUCUGGGAGACUCGCAAGGGAAGGCUGUCCAACUCUGCCGGUGUUAACGCGCAGAUCGUGGACGGCCUCCGUGAGUGUGCUCUGACGGACGUCAUGGUGGCUGUCGAUCAGUUCCAGCCGGCGUACGACGCAACCACUUCCUCAUGGGCAUGGGGUCGCCAUGGCCUGCGCCUUUCUGCGUGCGGCAUCGAGCGCCAGGCGACAGCCGCGCCUGCAGACAGCGUGAGCGGGAGGGAGGGGGACAAUCUCUCGCUGAACUGA